UGAAGUGAGACGAUAUCGAAGAGGAGAAUCUCAAGGAACAGUGGUUGCAGGUGGCAAUGGAAGUGGAAAUCGUCUCGAUCAACUCUCUCGCCCCACAUACGUAUUCGUCGAUCGAGAUCAUUCAGUGUAUGUAUCUGAAUGGGGAAAUCAUCGUGUGAUGAAAUGGAUGGAAGGUGCAAAACAAGGCAUUGUCGUGGCUGGUGGUCAAGGACAAGGAAAUGAUCUUACACAAUUGUCAUCUCCUCAAGGAGUCGUUGUCGAUCAAUUGGGCACUGUCUAUGUGGCUGAUUGGGGGAAUAAUCGAAUCAUGCGUUGGCCUAAAGGAGCCACACAAGGAAGUGUCAUUGUUGGUGGAAACGGUAGUGGAGAACAAUCGAACCAACUCAAUUGGCCCAUCGGUUUGUCAUUCGAUCGACAUGGGAAUCUCUAUGUCGUCGAUUGGGGAAAUCGUCGAGUACAAAAAUUCACUAUUGAUUUCAAUGCACAUGAUGAGUUCAGAAUUGAUCUUGAUGCAACGUGA